AUGGUCAACCCUCAGCAAUCGUUGAAGAUGCAAUCGAUUCAAACAGAUUUAUCAGGAUCGAGCUCUCAACAGCAGUUUCCGGCGGAUAAAUUAGUUUAUCAUGAUUUUUUCAUGCCACCGCCGCAACAUUAUACAGCAGUGCGUCCCCUGAUGCAUUCAAGAAACCCACUUCCAGGUGAGUCGGAUGAAACCGAUCGCCGCCGUGGUGGUGGUGCUAGUCUUUCACAAUUCGUGCACACAAAAAAUUCUGUAUAUCGCGUCAUCGAUCCUUAUGAAGCCGAUGAUGAAUUUUCCAUCCCACCACCACAACAAUCAGCUGUACGACCUCAACCGGAGCAAUCAAGUAAUCCACUACUCAUUGGCACCGGUGAGUGGGAUGAAAUGAAACCUAUCGCCGCCGUGGUGCUUCUCUUUCACAUUUUGUGCACGCGAGCACUUUGA